AUGCGGAUCCUUGCUGCUCAUCUUCUGCGCCACCCAGCCAGUCAGUCAGUCCGAGUCGUAGGUGAAUCCACCAGGCCAGCCAACAAGGGGCCCAACACGGGAGGGCGAGUUGACGGCCAAGGGAUGUUCUGGUCUCUUCAUAUCUGGCAGAGAUCUGCUCCUUUUUCUCCAGGCCUGGCGGCGUCUGCAUCUGCGUCUGUGUCUGCAUCUCUCCGCGGUGAAUCGACGGACGGACCGGUGGACGGACAGAGACGGUUCGGUUCGCUCUUUCCCCUUCCUCAUUCUCCCACGAGGGCCCCCGUCGCACAUCAACCGUCACUUGCAUUCCUUUGCCUCCUCUCCACCAAAACAUUUCACCGCACGGCUGGGCUCGUGGCAACAAAGAGCAAACCAAACCAAACCAAACCAAAACCAAAACCAAACAAUCCCCGAAUGAUCGUCUUCUACCGCCGAACCCUGAUUCACUGA